AUGGCAAUAACAGCACUCGAGUCCGUAAAGACUGUGGAACUCCAAUCACCCACUGUUUCUUUCCAAACAUCCGAGCAAUGGCAUUGCAGUCUACCUUCAAUUCAAUCGCAGCUUACAACCAGGAAUCUACGAAAUUUGGGUGCUGCACUCAAAACUCUCAACGUCCUCGGUCAAACGCCUCGUGCUUCUCCGUCGCCAUCGGAAUCUUCGUCUGACAGCGAAUCCAACCAUCGUAUUCAUCGGAGUACGAAGAGGGUUUGCAUGCGAGAGGACAUGAACACUACCCGAGAAAUUUCUCCUCGACCUGCGAGACCUGCCGUGAUUGCGAUUCCAAAUCCAUUCGCCGCUACGACAACGAUGUGGACGAAGCCAGACACACCAGCGCCUUGGAGCAAUCCGGCACAAAGCGGCGUGCAGGAUCGAGCUGAUAAGACGACCUUACCCCCUGGGGCUCCCGAUCUGAUCAUUCAACUGAAUGGUCUGUCGUUGCCAAAGAGCCCCCCGUCCAGCAAGCGGGAUCGCAAGACUACAAAGAACGCCACUGUCGAGAGAAUUGUGGUGGUGAUCGCCAGGUUGAAGCCUCAGCGCCAUCCCUGUGGAAAUGGUGUUGGCAUUCGUCGGCGUAGCCACUUUGCCCUACCUCGUCCUCGGUCGCUCACAAAACGAUGCAGAAGACUCUACCGCAACAGCUCCCUAUCAUCUACCACACCCAUCGCAAAGACUGUUUCGGCGCUAGCAGAGCGCUCGAAGAAUGCUAUCGUUGACCGAACCACGGAAACAGACUACCAUCCGUUCAAAACUGAGCUUGGCGAGAGCGACAGAACUGGAAGCACGUCCUAUGAUACGCUCAAAACUGCGGCUACCGGCGUAUCUCACUAUUCUCAAGCUUCAAUCCAACCAAGUGGAAUCGCGCAAAUGAUGUCGUCAGAUCGCUUGCGGCCCCCGAGAACCUACGUCGAUCACGUGCGUGCUCAAAGACUGCCAUCAAACGCUGUGCCAAGCAAGAUCCCAAUGGCAGCAGUGCAAGAGUAUGCGGACUCCCCACAGCAAAGAAGGAUGAGUGUGUGA